AUGCUAGCCCGGGACUUCAAGCGCGUCAUUCUCGUCGUAGGACCCUUUCUGCUUCUCGUCUACGUUGGGAUACGGCGCCUUGAAUUCAAAGACUCGGCAUCAGAGCUCAACUCCUGGUUUCAUCACAUUUUUGCGCCCAACUGGAAACAGGCCGAUGAGCUGAAGCCGCACUCCGGCUCCCGGCCGGCGCCGUCAGGUUCCACACCUGUCCCCGAGUCAACUCAAACACUACCUGUCGUCGCGGUUCCCCCUCCGAUCGCGACGGAGCCAACACAUCAUGAAGUCUUCUCAAAAACCACCUUGGACAAGAAGUUCUUCGUCAUCCGCUUCGGCGACGAUGAUACAAUCAACCCUAAUAUCAUUCCACACCCCACCCUCGACAAUACCUUCAUCAUCAUCGCACAGAAGCGGAAAAAAGAAGAAGACAAAUCAUCCGAGCACUUUGAGCUUGUUUGCAACGCGGUGUUCACGUCAGAAGGUCUUUCAUGUCUGGAUACCCCAACGACUCUUCCGAUCCCUGCUACCAAGACUGGCGAUGGAAAAUGUCCGCCGAAGCUAGCAUACAUCGCUAUGAACAUCGGGCCUCACGACGCUCGCGUCUUCCACGGCCCCAAAGCACCAUUUAUCGUCUACGGCUCCAACUCUCUGUACGCCUGCUUCGGACAGUUCAUGCAAGACUUCCGCAAGCUGGGAAACUGGGGCUUUCAACCGUCGCUCGACGAAGGCUUCGGCACCGGCACAGAGCUGCAGCGGCCGCCGCCAUGGGGAACCAUGGAAAAGAAUUGGUUCCCGUUCUGGGACCUGGACGGAGAGAUCUACGUCCACCACGACGUGUCGCCGAAACGUGUGUUCUCGAAACCGAGCUUGGACGGUUCCGUUGGUCCAGACCUGGCGCCCAUGGCGGCCGGAGAUGAAGCCUGUUUGGCGAAGUACCUGCCGAAGCUGCCACCGGAUCUAGAGUCCAUCCACCAAGCAACCAACUCCUUGAGCAUUACGUUCUGCAAGAGAAUGGAUGUGAACUGCAAGCCGAGUCCCGAAAACACAUUCAUCUUCACGAUAUUCCAACACAAGACGUUUUAUCGAUUUCACAGCGAGUACGAACCAUACGUCAUGGUAUUUAGACAGAGAGCGCCGUUCGAAGUAUUCGCCAUCUCGAAAAGGCCGAUAUGGAUUCAUGGACGCAAAAGAAAAGAGAAUGGUGCCUCCGAUAUGUUCUACGUCACGUCAAUGAGUUGGAAGACGAAGGGGCAAAGAUAUCAUGGGUAUAUGGAUGAUGUCCUCUUUGUUUCAUUUGGCAUUGAGGAUCAGAAGACGGGAGCCAUUGAUGUCACGGCGGAAGAUCUUUUGACUGGUCUCGUGACAUGUCUCGAGACCUAA